AUGAUUCUUGAGUUGACUUUGUCCUUAUUUAUUUUUUGUCUUGGUUUUCUUCAUUAUCUGAUCUAUAGGUAUGUGUGCGCUGUUCAUCUUUGCCUCUCUUUUGAUUUGGCAGUUUUCAGGGACAAAUUCAAUAAAAAUGUGCGAAGAAAAGGUGCAUGUGAAUUAGAUGUUCAUGCAUUCUUUGAACAAAUACCGAUGAGCACAUGGCGUUACUUUCAUCUUAAACCCUCCAUAAAACUCACCCACCUCUUUUCCUCGCCAAACGCUUUCUUUCCCUUCCUCCUAGCAACCAUGGCCGGAAAGUCAAGCCAAAUUCUCUCGACCCUCUUCUUGAUUCUAAUAUUUCUGAAUUUUCUGGGAAUGACAAGGCCUGAUAACGAGUGCCCAUAUCCGUGUUAUCCGCCGCCCAUCGGCCCCGGCACUCCGAUAAUCACAACACAGCCGCCUCCGCCACCAUCCCAGGUCGUGUCUUACCCACCUCCAACUGGAUACAACCCUACACCGGCAGGAUACGUACCAUUUUCGUCUCCACCACCCUAUGGCAAUUCAUUUGGUUCCCCUCCCCCUCCUGACCCCAUAUUACCCUACUUCCCUUACUACUCCGGAAAACCCCUUCAUCAGACGGACAACUCUGCAGCAACCACUCUUGGAAUUCGCUCAAUACUCAUGAUCAUCAUCGCCGUAGCUAAUUAUCUUCUUGUCUCUGUUUCUGUUUUUCCUUUCUAUGUACUUUAAGUGAACAAUUUGACUUGUAGUCGGUUUGAGCUAUUAUAUUUCAUGAAAUGAGAAGAUUUUGAAGAGAUA